AUGCCGAUUCGAUUGGAAACCCCCAUGCUCUCGGUGGACGUGGAGAAAUUGCGAGAAUUGGACACCAGGAAUGCGGAACACCUCUUCGGCUUGUACAGUAUGUUUUCGAAAUGCGCCGAGUCAAUGGAGGACGGUCGCCGGCUAGAGAAUCUCACAUGGCGAUUAUGGAACCGAGAAACCCUCUGCUGCGAGCCUCAGCCACAACAUAACCACACCACCACACCUACAAUUGAUUUCGCGAGGUCGAGACCAAAUCGCAGGGACGUGCCUGGCCUCUCCGCCAGCGUCGAAUCUUUGGUCUCCAUUGGCUCAAACUCAAGCGAAGAUACUCAAUCGCCACCCACAGCACCCCUCAAUAUUCACCCCAACACAUCACCAAAAUCCGAACCCACAUUAUCAAGGAGCAGAGGGAAAGAGAAACACAUUACCUCCUUGGGCCUGGAGAAGAUGGUCCAUUCGAUCCAAGACAAGCAGGAGAUCGCGCCUCUUUCACCAAGGAUUGCCGAUGCAAUGCCACCAAUGCCACUGUCUACCGAUGUCACUCCUCGUGCGGCGUCUCCCACCAUUGAUGCACCUUUCCGUUCCUCGGAAUCUUCCUCAUUCACUGCUCCUCCAAGUAGUCCUGAUAGCGACAACAGCCCACAGCAGACGGUUGGUUCUGAUACCAGUGCCGAGAUUCUCAAUUCGCACAGCGUGGUUCGAGGAUUCUCGAUGGGCCAGGAGUCCUUCUAUCGCUCUCACACACACCUCGCUCCUGAAGCGAUGCCGAUGAAACACAAUUCCACCAACAAAACAGAGACCGCCUCUAAGAAGGGUCCCGUGUUCCUGCUUGGAUGCUCCUCAGGAGAAGACGACAGUUCCUUGGACGAAAAAAUGACUUCUCAACCUCAGCAAAGCUCACUCACCCUAGGCCUCAAGCGGCCGAGUGGAAACAAAAAGACACUUUCCUUCAGGGACGAGGUCGAGUCACGCGCCUUGGAAAAGAGAUCUCACGAGGAUGAGGAGGUGUUUGAGUCCGACGAAGAUGACGAGAGCGCCAUUGAUGAUGACUCUGAGGAGGAGGACGAUGACGACUGGGAAGAUGACGCAUCAGAAAGUGCUGAGAAUACUGCCAACGACAAUCCGUUAUUCCAACGUGUCGACUCGCAACCAAAUCUAGUAUCACGGCGAUCUGUCUUAACAACUGAAUUACAUCAGCUCGACCGGGCUGCUACUUUCGCAAAUCUGGCCUCAAAAUCCACUCCAGUGAUAAGACGAACCAAAACGUCGACCUUGACCGGUCCUUCCGAUGGACUUUCUCCGGUGGAGGACGCUUCACUUACCUUGCUUCCAGGACAGAUGACCAGAUCGAAACCCAUAGUUAUGACUGCCGGCAACGCACAACAAAUGGCCUUUUCACCCAAAACUACACGCCGACACAUGCUUGCUACGGAGAUGACUGAGUCACUAAGAACGAACGUCCUGUGGGAGCGACAGCAGAAAAAGGCAACAACCAACGCCAUGAUAAAACGUCGGCACACUGCCCAAAACCUGACGAGUCUACAACACUUUCCCGGCGAAGCAGUGCAAGCCUCCACGCAGGGAUCUAGGAACACCUCCUUCGAUCACUACUUCGAAGCAGGGCUUGGUGAAUACCACAGGGCUGGCUGGUAG